CUCGGGUCCAUGCUGAGUUGCAGACGCAAAGCCUCGCUGCCUGCUCCGGGGAGGCACAGGGGUCGGAUCCCAGAAUGGGACACAGAAACACGGACCGACAUAAGAACCGUACUGCAGCAAGCGGUCGGCGCAGGCCCGCCUUGCGCAGCCUGUUGGGACGAGGCAGGGACCGAGGCUGGAGGAGCCCAGCCGCCCGAGCUAAGUGCCAUGUCGCCAGGAGCGGAGAGAGGGUCGCCGCCCACUUCAGCUGCUGAGUCUAUAAAUUCCGCCGGUGUUUUGAGAGAUCACAUUUGUUCACGGGCAGACUGUGGUCAUCUCCUCGCCACGCAUUGUUUCCCAUUUCUACCCGACCCGAACAGAUCAGGAGCGAAAGAAAAACAAAACAGGAAGUAAAGAAGAGAUCAGCUCAAAUGUGAAGAACAUGAAGCAGUUAGAGCAUUCUGUGCUAGCUAGACGGACAAAUCAGAUAAAGAAAGAGCUCAGACAGGGAGUGAAAAAGCCUUACAAGGAGGUGAUAGAUGUGUCCUGGGGAGACCCACACCGGGCAGGUGUGAAGCCUCUGACAUUUGUCAGACAGGUUCUCGCAGCUUGUCUUUAUCCCCAGCUUAUAGAUAGUGACAAACUUCCAGUGGAUGUCAGACAGAGGGCUCAGAUGCUGCUGGGGAGAUGUGCUGGAGGGAGUGUAGGUUCAUACACUGCCACAGCGGGUAUACCUAAAAUAGUCCAAAGAGUCUCUGAAUUCAUAACAAGACGAGAUGGUGGGGUUCCAUCUAACCCUAAAAACAUUUACAUCAGCCCAGGGUCACAGUGGGCACUAACGAACAUUUUCAACAUCUUGGCGAAUGCUGAUGCUUCACCCAGAACAGGCGUGUUAGCUCCAGUGCCGUGCCACUCUACCACCAUUUUGUCCAUCAUGCAACAGGGAGCAAUGGUCGUCCCCUACCACCUCAAUGAGGAGCAGGGUUGGGCGCUUCAGGUGGAGGAGCUACAACAGGCACUGGAGUCAGCAAAGGGAGUCUGUAAUCCUGUUGCUCUGUAUGUCAUCAACCCUGGAAACCCUGCAGGUCUUAUUCAAAGCAGAAAAUCAAUGCAAGAGGUGAUCCAGUUCGUUUCAGAGAAGAAACUCUUCCUUCUGGCUGAUGAGGUGUAUCAGGACUGUGUUCAUGGGGAAAACAGCAAGUUUGUCUCCUAUAAAAGAGUUCUGAAAGAGAUGGGGCCUCCUCUCUCAGAGACAGUAGAGCUGGCUUCCUUCCACUCAGCAUCAAAAGGUUUCAUGGGAGAGUGUGGUCUCCGUGGUGGAUAUGUUGAGCUUGUAAAUUUGGACCCUGCUGUUAUGAAAUACAUCUACACUCUAUUCUCCACUGAUGCCUGCGCACCCAUCUUGGGGCAGAUUGCCUUGGAUCUGAUGACACACCCUCCACAGCAAGGAGACCCCUCAUACCCCCUUUAUUAUCAGGAGACAGAACACAUCAGGGCCACACUAAUUCAAAAUGUGAAGAAAGCCUUUGAGGCUGUCAACAGCCUGCCAGGUUUCAGCUGCCAACCAGUGCAAGGAGGAGCAUUUGCGUUCCCAAGAGUGCAUCUUCCACCUAAAGCCAUUCAGAAAGCCAAGGAAGAAGGAUUGAAACCAGACACAUUUUACUGUAUCAAACUGCUGGAGGAGGUCGGGGUGAUGACCAGUCCUGGUGCAGAGUACGGACAAAAGGAAGGCACCUACCACAUCAGAUUUUGCAUUAUGACCACCCAAGAACUCAUGGAGGAAUUCCUGAACCGCCUGACCAACUUCCAAAUAAAGUUUAUGAGGGAUUUUUCUUAAAAACAAAAACAAAGUGCCAUUUUGUCAUUGCAGUCAAUAAAAAGAUUAAUCUCUU